ACAGAAAACAAAUUGUAAAUGAAAAAGCCGGCAUUCCCAAGCCGAUACAAGCUUCACGUUUUUAACAACCCACAACGAUGGAAAUGCUGCUCCGCAUUUCCGAACAUAACUCAGCCAUACAACAUAAAGAGCAUAACCUUCUUCACAAUUCGCUCAAAUCGCACUAUACUACGGUGGCUCUCACGGCUCAACCGUCCGAUGUCGGUUCGUACGACUUAUGCUUUCGCUCACGCGUUCAGUUUGUUUUUGGUGUUCGUUCGCUGUUGCGUGAGGUCUGGCGCGUUCUUUCGAAACCCAGCAUAAAAACGUGAGAUCGCGGUGUACGUCUUUAACGAGCAGUGCGCGUGUAUAAAUGCUGUUCCACCUGGAGCAAUCUACGAUACGCCCACAUGGUGAAAAUUGGAAAAAUAAUGUCAUAGAAGUUAAUUGCAACAUUUACCGUGGUAUGAUGAUGAUGUGUGUAUGGUUUAAACGAUGCGGUGUGAAUGUGUCAUUUAUCAGUUGCUUUAAAUUAGCGUGUGUGUGUAUAUAAUCUUGAUCCAACAUUUAGUGAGAGCAAAUGAAGAAAAAAAAAUCGUACCAAUCAAACCACACGAUGAUAACACGUAACUCUUUGUGAACGUUUUCCAUGGUCAGUAGGAAUAAGAUGGUAAAACCAUCACGUACAUUUUCAUUUAAAAAAGCAAGUUCUUUUUGCCCAAAAGCGGGCAAACAUGGUUUAUUCCGAUGCUACUACUGCUUCUACUACUUGUGACGUGACCAGACAAAACGUCCGAAAUCGUAACGCGUCCAAAGAGCCCGACCGCCCAUCAUCCGGCGACAGCCAUGAGCACCGAGAAGGACCUAAGUAUGAUUGAUGGGAAAACUUCCGGAAAAACGGCAUACUUUGUCGUGUGCGGGAUUGCUCAUUGUUUUCUCGAGUACUGAGCUGCAGCAUGGGUUUUCAAGCAGAACUGUCCCCUGAAGUGUGUGUGUGUUUGAACUUGGUUUGGUCUUGCUGCAAUGGUGAGGCUUUCCAACACCAUGUACCACAUCCUUCGCACAUAUCUGCACAGGUGGUGCAAGGGAUGUGUAUAGUGCUUUUUAUUUUGCUUUUUUAUGUCUGGACUAUGUACACUCCUAGUGUUUCCGAUUCCGGUUGUCACCAAGCUAAUAGUGUAUGAGUGUGUUUACCAUCUCGAGCACAAUGCCUUCCUCCAAGUGUUGGUUUGCAAGUGAUCUGUUACCAUACCAAGUGGCAGCAAAGCGUGGUUGUUUAGAAGGAUGCGCAUAAAGUUGGAAAACACGACUCACAUGAAUUCUAUAUCGUACUGCUGACCAAGCUAGCCUCAAAGUGUACCGCAUAAACCACUCUGCAAUUGUGUUUUGCUUUGUAUUUGAUAUAUGUUUUGCUUAAAAUUUUAUAACUCUGUAAAAAAAUGCAUAGUCACAUAUAAACAUUGCACUAGCAAACAAAUCAUCCCAAAAGAUUUAUUGUAAGCUUUAUACAUAUGCAUACCGGAAAAAUGUUUUUUUUCUUUAUCUUGUUAUACAUUGCACAUUCCCUGUUACCACACUUCAGUUAUGCAAACCAAACAGAUAAACGACAGGCAGCAAAGUGAUUAAUUUUUCAAUAACUAUAUACAAAUACAAAUGCAAAGCAAACAAACAGAAUUAACGUACAAACGUUAGCGAGGGUUCUGCAAGCGAUGCAAGUCGAGAAGCGAUAAUUAUGUUGAUUACACAAAAAUUGAACUCGUGCUCCGGAAAAUCUGCACGCUCGGUGCAUUCCAACGAACCAGCAACCGAUGCACGUAUGCAUCGGUGGUAGAAAAACACUGCAAAUUUUCAGUAUUGCUAGUGUGUGGCCAGUGCUGGCGGGGUGCAGCAGUGUCGGUGAAGCCGGUCGUGCAGUGACAUACGCGUUCGGAAGGCAGGAAGUGUCGAGUGAUUGCACCAUCCGAGGGGAAACUGUGUUUGUGCGAAGAGAGUGAGAGAGAGAGAGAACGAGAGAAAAAUCACACUGGAAGGAGAAGGAUGACAUGCAUCACAUUUAUGAACGUGCUUCAUAUCCUGACGGUGGCCGGGCUUGCUCUCGCUGUGUUUAUCGAUGGCUUACACCUGAUGAAUUAAUAAUGAUGUUUUAAUUAACAAUAUUGUGAAUUAUUUUUCCACACAUAAUGUUAUUUAUAUGUAUGUACGUAUAUUUUUCCCUCUUCUCUCUUGUUGCGUUCCACGUGUAGUGUGUGUGCAAAAUUUAUGCAUGAUUGGAUUUAGUCACCGUUUACGGGCCCUUCUCCAGUGAGUGAUCCGCGCGUGAUAAGGCAUUAAAAAUCUGUCUCGUGACAGAAAGGCAAAAAAUAAAAAUAUGUUGCCGAACAUGGGCCGCAAGGUGGAUAGUAGCGGUGUGGUAAAUUAACCUCAGUGCGCACGAAAUGUACGUGCACCAAAAUAGUGUGCACCACCAAGAAAAUGAAUGAAGUUUGGUGCAUUUGAAACGGUGCAACAGUGUUCACUAAGUGCAGUACGCGUGAGCUGCGUCGUCUAAAACCGUCCUAAGCCGAAUGUGCGCCACAUCGGUGAUCUGCCGCCGGCGGGAAAAUUAAUGCUGCAAGUGUUGCGCACAGAUUGUAAUGUUGUGUUGCAGUGGCUGGAUCGAUCGGAUCGAUGGAAGAUAGUGUGUGAAAAUAGUAUUAACAACCCCCGCCCUUAAUCGUGUGCUUUUUGCGUGAGCUUUGCAGCGGUGAAAAAGAGUCAAAUAAAGUACCAAGAAAAAAAAAGUCAGUGCGAAAAUUCAAUGUGCUCAUUCUUCUGUGCACGCGCGUAUGUUUGUUUUUCGCAAUCCUUUCGCUGGCAGUGAAAUAUAAUGCCGAAAUGCUGAUUAUUGAAUCAUUGUGUCACAUAAAUAAUUAUCCAUGAAAAAUCGAUCGUACCGUGGCGUGUUGUGUGUAGUGUGAACGACAACGUAGGGUGUGUUUCUGUGUGUAUGUGUGUGUUUUUGUGUGUCCCGAGGGUAGUGUCCUGUCUUUUCCCUCCCAGGGCAGUGUCCGUUUGCCAGCAGAAAAGAAUAAACCGGAAAUAUUUUGCUCACUUGGCGAAUCCUACAUGUGGCAGCCAUACAACACAGCGCAGCAGUGUGCAGCACUUUUUGGUGGUAGCGCGAUGAUUGUGUGUUGAUGCUGUGUGUUGGUUUUUUUGUUGUUGUAUGUGUGUGGCAUCAUCCAUUUUCGAACCAAUUAUCGUGGGCAAUUUAAAAAAUUGAUCAACUCUUACCCCAAUCCCUCUUAUCGCCGUUUUCCCGCCCUUGGCCGAGGAACACCUUGUCCAACAAAAGGACACGUGACGGGUGAAAGGUGUGGGAUUGAAAGAAGCGUAAAACAAAUAGCAAAAUCGAUCCCAAUCAGUAAGGGAAACCGCACCAGUGUUGGAUUGUGAUACGUCGAUGCUAGCAGUGGAUAAACGGAAACAACAAUGAACUGCUUCCGCAGAAACUUGGUCACAAUACAAGCGGUGGCAUUCUCGUUGACGGUGUCAACGUUUCUUGCGCUCCUUACCAUCGUGGCCGCAGACGAGAUACGGGAUACGCGCGAAGGCGAAACGGUUACGUUGAAAUGCCGCUUCAGUGAACAGUCGGCGGCAAGCGACUUUUCCUACUAUUGGGCACGUUCGACGGGCAACAAAUUCGACAAUGUUGCCAUCAAGGGCGUCCAGCUCAACACGAACUACAGAAUCGACUUCCGACCGGAGCAGGGAGUUUACGAUCUCACAAUAAUGAACACAUCCUACAGUAGGGAUAAUGGCCGGUUCGAGUGUCGCGUAAAAGCGAGCGGUACUGGUGCGGACGUUCAUCAGGAGUAUUACAACCUGACCGUCCUGACACCACCGCAGCCACCGUUUGUCGAACCGGUCGAGUUGCGAGCUACCGAGGAUGAAAAGUUCGACCUGACCUGCAGUAGCAUCGGUGGUUCACCGGAUCCAACGAUCACGUGGUAUCGAGUGGGGUCGGAAAAACCUCUCAAGUCCACCAUGACCAAGGGUGGAUCGAAAGAUCUGCGCACCUCGAGCACCCUAUCGAUCGUGCCACGGCGCGAGGACGAUGGGGCAAAGUUCCGUUGCGUCGUCUGGAAUCGUGCAAUGUCGGAGAAGGACAAGCUGGAAACGACAGUCACCCUGUCCGUAAACUACUAUCCGCGGGUAAAGGUGGGACCGGAAAAUCCGCUACGCGUCGAACGGGACAGUACUGCUUUGCUGGAGUGUGCCGUGGACUCGAAGCCCAAGGUGCCGAACGUGCGAUGGACACGAAAUGGACGACUCAUCAGUUCCUCCCCAUCCCAUCCGAUACAGCGCGUUUCGGUACAGGACGCUGGUAACUAUGCCUGCUCCGCGGACAAUGGAUUGGGUAAGGUUGGCGAACAGAUCAUUACACUGGAUGUACUGUAUGCGCCGAUCGUGGUGAUUGAAUCGAAAACUUGGGAAGCGGAAGAACGAUCCACAGUUACGAUUCGCUGUAAUGUCACCUCCAACCCGCCACCAGUAUCGAUCGAAUGGUUCAAGGAGGGCAGUCCCGAUUUCCGCUACACUGGUGACAUUUUGCAAUUGAGAGACGUAAAGGCAGAACAUGCUGGCAGGUACGUGUGUCGGGCGGUCAACAUGAUGAAGCCGUACAAUGGGAAAAUUGUCGAACGUGUCGGUAAUUCUACCGUGGCACUAUUGGUCCGUCAUCGGCCUGGUCAAGCGUACAUUAAUCCCAGCAAACCAGUCGUCCAUGUGGGUAACGGAGUAACGCUGACCUGUUCAGCGAACCCACCCGGUUGGCCCGUACCACAGUUCCGUUGGUUCAAGGAUGCCGUCGGAGAAUUACUAUCUACCACGAAAACUAUCUUGGCCCAGGGUCCUCAGUACGUGAUACCCCGUGCACAUCUCGGUAGCGAAGGAAGCUACCACUGUCACGCCGUCAACGAGCUGGGCCAUGGACCAAUGGCCACGAUCAAUCUGGAAGUUCACCAACCGCCUCAGUUUAUUGGCAAAAUGCAGCAACACAUGACCAAGCGCGUCGGAGAUACGGAUUUUUCGGCCACAUGUCACGCGAAGGGUAAGCCGCGUCCGAUGGUACGAUGGUUAAAGGACGGACGGGACAUUACGACCGAUGCCAACAUGUAUCGCAUAAGCACCAACAAUAAUGACGGGCUCAGUGGCAUGGUGACAGUCCAGAGUACGCUUCUGUUCCAAGGAAAGGCACGUCCGCACAAAAACCAACUUCUUCCAAGUGAUCGAGGCACUUACACGUGCCUCUUUGAGAACGAAGUUAGUACAGCCAACGCGAGUAUGAAUCUGCGCAUUGAGCAUGGUCCCAUUGUACUACACCAGUACAAUAAGGUAGCGUACGAAAUCAAUCAAAAUGCAGCUGUUAUGUGCCGUGUGCAGGCAUACCCGAAACCUGAAUUUCAAUGGCAGUUGGGGACGAACACUGCUGCCCUGUCGAUGUCCUCUGAUGGACACUACGAAAUCAACACUACCACCGAUAACAACGACAUCUACACGAGCGUAUUGCGCAUUAAUCGUGUAAAACAUGAAGACUACGGCGAUUAUACGUGCCGGGUCGGUAACUCAAUCGAGACGAUCCGUGCACCGAUCCGUUUGCAGCCACAGGGACCCCCGGAGAAGCCAACCAACCUUGGGGUGGCUGACGUUGGCUCGAACUACGUCUCCCUGGUUUGGGAUCCUGGCUUUGAUGGUGGCAUCACCAGCACUAAGUUCUACGUCUCCUACCGUAAGGUGGCUAUUCCACAUCACGAUCAGGUCAAGGAGGACUGUGGCAUUGUGCAGCAGGUCAGCUCGGAUUGGAUGGAGUACGACUGUCAACGUGAUGUGCCGUGCAGCGUAACACCACUGGAUCAGUAUCAGAGCUACGUCUUCAAGGUAAAGGCGUAUAACGCUAAGGGAAAUUCUGAACCUUCCAAUGAAGUAGCGACAACGACGAAGAUCAGCAAGAUUCCGGUACCCCUUCACGUCGGUUUCGAUCCAGACACGAAACAGCUUGGCCUAAACAUUGGCGCUACCUGUCUGGCCCUUAUUGCCGUUGUUGAAACGAUUGGGUUUCACGAGAGUCCAAUAGCAACGUGGCAAGUGGUGCAAUCUAUACCGCUAGCAGUAUCUGGCAAUGGUCCAACAUACAAGGAGCAGGUACUGGAAAACAUGUACUCCGCCCGACGAUCCAGCGGUCGAUCGAUGGCCAAUGAUGAUGAUUUUCCGAUGGCGCUGGAAGAAGAAAUUCCACCGAAAGUGCGCGUCAAGCUUUGUCUGAAGUCAAGUCACGAGUACUGCGGGGACUAUAUGGAUGCAGAAAUUGGUCCCGCUCUCAUACACGACUCUGCGUUCAUUGCUACACCAACACUUAUCGCGAUCGUUGUUUCGUGCGUAGUGUUUGCACUGUUUGUUGGCCUAAUGCUAAUGUUUUGCCGCUGUAAGCGCAAUCAAACGAAGAAAUCAAACCAAUCAAAAGACUACGAGAUGGACUCGGUAAGACCGUCCAUAGUGGCACAGCAAAGUCAAGCUCCACCGCCCUACUAUCCCACUACUACCGGGCUUGACAACAAGGCCCUUGAGCACUCGAUGGAUCUCGCACUGGCACUCGAGGAUCAGAAAACCUCGGUCUACGCAACGCACAACGGCUACGGAUAUCAUACUGGAACGAGCAUACAAGUAGCUGGCCAUAGUCUACCAGCUAAUGAAUGGGUCACGAUGGGUUACACGGAAAACAGUUACACCAACUCGAACAACGGCGGUAGCGUCAAUUCGCAGGAUUCCAUUUGGCAGCUCAAGGGUGCACCACCACCACCAGGCGGCUCCACCACGAUGGCCAUCGGCAUACAACCACUCUCGAUGGCCAGUCUGCACGGUGGAGGUUCUGCGUAUGCUACCACCACAACCACCACAACAGCGGCGGCCGGUUCGGGAACACCCGGGCUGGUCUAUGGUUACGAUCCAAUUGCAACGCACUCGAACGUGUACGGCGGUGCGAUGACGAUAGCGGGUGACGAAUACAGCCAGUAUCCCCACCAGGCGGCCACCCCCAGCCAGCACGGUGGCGAAGACGAUUACCUACAUCAUCAUCAUCAUCAUGCGGCGGCAAUGCGCCAAAGCCAGAAUCCCUCCCGGCAGCAGGAGUACUGCGGAGAUUCCUACGCGUCUGUACAUAAAGCAAAGAAACGAUUAGACCAGCCAACGCAUUUCGACUCAUCAUAUCACGACGUUAGCGGUUUGCCCGAUCCCUACCUGGAUCAGCAGCAGCAGCAGCAGCAGCAGCAUCAACUGCAUCAGCUAGAUCACGAGGACAGCAAAUCAUUGCUUCAGCUUAACCACACGCAAGACCACGGCAGCUUACACCUGCACGCGCAGCAGCAACCGCAGCCAAUCUACGAGGACAACCUGGAGAGCGGCUACUCGACACCGAAUUCGCGGAAUCGACGCGUCAUACGGGAGAUAAUUGUCUGAGAACAGCCCCGGGUACGGUUCGCUGAUAGCGGAUCGUGCCUGUAAGCUGGAAGUGCAAAUCCAUCCAUUUCCGGUUUUUCCUUGAACAAAACACAUAAAAAACCUAGCCCGCCCAUCCGCCCCAUCUGUGUAUCCACUUAGCCCCGACCCAAACGGUUCUACAGUGCAUUCAACGCAAUCGAGUGUUGGCAGAAAAAAAGGAGACAAAAGGGAAAGAUAUAAAUUUGCAGCAAACGCAUCCAGGUAUCGGUGGUACAUGGGGCAGACAGCCUCGAAACGGUUUAGCGAAUAUAUCAAUUAAAAGCUAGCCUAGUUUAUCUAGAACAAGCGGUGGUGUACCCUGAAUGUCGUAAUCGUUCUACAAAUGAAAAAGGUUAAAAAAGCGCAAAACAAUACGCGCUGGCCGAUGCUCCUUUUACGUGCCAGCAACAUCAGAGCUAAUCGUAUUGCGUUCGAGCGAAAUUAUGAAUGUAUCUCUAUUCAUUAUUGCUUCAUCGAUGGUCAAGCAAAAAAAAAACAGGGAAGCGACAAUUGUUUCUGCUGGCACCACAGCCGGCACAUGAACCGCACAGGACCCGUGUACGCGACAAACCCAAAAAACAAAAAAAAAGCUCUCUUCGAACAAGGUGGUCACCAAACCAACACAAAACCACUAUACACCACUAGCUAGCAGUACUACCCUGCGCACACAUCCACUACACUGCGGUUUUGCUAGUUUGUUGCCAUUUUGUGCGCAGCUAAUUGUUUUAGUUUGACACUUUAAUUUAAGUGCUGCCGUGUUUGCCGACCGGGGAUGUGAUCAGUCUGACUGACAACGCGGUCGAACCAGCAGGACAAUCUCGCGAGCUUUUUUUCUGUUCUGUUUUGAUCUUCAUUACAUGCAGCACAAACAACAACAUGUCCAUUAAAUUACAUUCAAUUUGUGCGCUAGAACGAACGGUGGUCCGACAAAUGCUGAACAUAAUUAGACCCUCCGCGAUUUGCCACAAAAUGACUGAUAUCCCGACUGAAAUUAACUACUCAAUAUGGUUUUGUUACAUGCUGUGCUACGCACACAAACGGCGACAAACAAAACAUCGCACCGAAGCGCGUCCAUGUCCAUGUUGUGUGUUUUGAACAUGUCAUUAUUUGUACUUCCGAGAGCGGUGCUCCUUCCCGCGCACACACUUCCUCAUAUUAGUGCAUACUACUCGUAUUUAAAUAUGUUUCUAUACCAAUGAUUAGGAUAAGGUUUCUAGAGUGUAUGUAUGUGCUUUAUUUUUUAAUACAUCCUCCACGUCGUCGGCACCUUGCCAUCGCUUGCCCAAUCGUCCAGCAUAGUGAAUCAAAUACAUUCGUAACGUUCCUGUGCACUGUAGCCGAGGCAAAAUGGAUACUAUUUUGGCUGCAACCGCUGCAACCGGUAUCCGAUACGAUACGGGGGCGCAUUUAUAUACCAAAAUCUAUCGACGGAAGAAGCGCGUAAAACAUUCGGUUAAAUAGGCGCCUACGUCGUAAGACAUGAUGUUUGCGUUAUCUUCAACGUAUUGUAAUACAAUACGGUUUUUGCUAUACUAGGUACACUUUUAAUUGUAUGGAAGAAAAAAAAAUGUGCCCUUAAAAUCGAGAUCAUUACACUGCGGAUGCUGAUCGUGACUGUGUGUAGAGAGUCUGCCCGUGGUAGAUACAAUUCGCAAAGAACGACCUAAUCGUAAGAAAUUAAAAGAAACGUGUAUAGAGAAACAAAGAUAUAGAGAGAUAAAGCGGGAAUACCAUUUACGCAACGCAAAACGUUACGCGUGUGUGCACUGUACUUGCGUAUGAUUCGUCUCUAAGUGAUUAUGUGUGCGCGAGUGAUGAUGUAUGUGUGUGUGUAUCUGCGUGUAUGGGGAAGGAUCAGUUGGUGAAUAGUGUAUUAGUGUAUCCUUCGGAGUGAACGAUCGCUGAAUGUCGGUGCACAAAAGAAUUUAACGUGGUAUUUGAAUUUAGGAAAUAGUUUUCUUUUUUUUAGUAACACACACGUGAAGCGUACCACACUAGAAAACGAAACAGAACGAAGCAUUGUAUUACAGUACCAGUAUACUUUACCACACAUAACAAACCUGCAAGAUGAAGCAGGAAGCAACCACAAAUCCCUACUACUAACCACUCUUCGCUAAAACAAACACACACACAGAGAAUUGCACCAACUGUUUGUUAAGAGAUCAACCAAGAGAUAAAAACGCACCUACCAGUAUCGAACCCCAUCGGAACUAGAUCGCCGUAGUUGCUGUAGCACAUUGUUGUCGAACGUUAGCAUCAAUAUGUGAGCAGACUUGAUCAAAACAUCCUUUUUGUAGGAAGUGUGUCUUAUCCCAUCCAUACAGCCUCUCGCUUUUGCUAAUCUGGCUCACUGUACACUUCUUAGUUCCAGCAAAUUGCAUCACCUGUUUAAACCAAACGUAAUGAAGAUACGUACACAUACAAAUGUGCGUGCAUGUAUUUUAAGUUUUAGUUCCUGUUGUGCUGCAGAACAGGUCAAUGUGGGGUUGUGCAAAACGUUUCAUGCCUAAGUAUGUACGUGCAUGUGUCUGUUUGUGUUGUGCGUGUAUGUUUGUGCGUGUGUGAUGUAUAGGAAAUAUCGAAUUUAUCUACGCCGAUGGCGCAAAUUAUUAAACGUGCUAUAUAAAGAAAAAUCAACCAUUGGUCGAACACAAUGUAUAUCAAAAACGCAUCGGAAUCAACACUGUAUUAGUAAAAAAAUAUCCCCCAUCCUUCGCUGUACACACACAUCCACAGGCAGAUAUUGGUUUUAGGAAGCAAGGAAUUCAUAAUACAAUAUACUCGUUGAUGUGAACGGAUAUGUAAUUCAUCCGAUCAACGAACGCGCAUCCGUUUCACAUGUUUUGAUUUGCUCCAAAACUUCUUUUUUUAAUUGAUAGCUCACCUGCAAAAAGCAACUCACGAAAAAAAACUCAAUUAGCACACAUUGCACGGUUAAAGGUGUACGUAAAUGUUCGAAAACAAGUGAUAAUGUUAUGCAUUAGCAUCAUUUUAUGUUUUACAAAACAGUAGAAAAACAAAACAUGUAAAAAUGCAUUAGCAGACCUGCCAGCUGUACAGUGUGGUGAAUUUGUUACGAAAGCUUUUCCAGUGGUGAACUUUCUGCCAUCUUACUGCAGCGCCACCUGGCGGCUAAUUUUGCGUAUAUUCCAUGAGCAGUUAUUUUGGUCGCUUAAAAUAUAGUUUUUUCCAUGACUUUUGUUAGUUUUUUCACAAAACUAAAAUUAUUCAUACCAUACAUGUUGUGAAUAUUUAUUGAUUACUCUUCUCACUUCAACGUCCGGCUCAUUCUCAUCCAUUCAUCAUUCAUUCAUUAUUUUAUGUGUGUUCAUAGCUAUUCGAAAAAUGAUCUCGAUCGCACAAAACUGUUUGUUUCCUGUUUGGGAACAUAGAUAUCGCUCGUGUCUAAGAAAUUUGGACAAACAAAAAAAAAGGAAGGUGGCCAAGUUUGCUACACACAUCAUGCUGUUUUUGUAUGAACAUACGAACGCUAAUUUUAAACAACUCAAUCUAGAUAGAUAGGAAAGCUUUUUGCCCGCCAUAAGAUGCGAAACAAAUCGUUUGAAUGAUACAAGAUGUAAGAAACAAACGCACGCAGCGAGACAGAUAGAGAUUGGGAUGAGUUCGAGGAUAGAACCGGGAAAUAGAGCAAUGUAAAAACUAGCCCGUAAGUGUAAACAUUUAAAUAUAAUUAUUUUAAAUUGUAAUGAAUCGGAAAAGAAAAAUAUAUUCAAGAAACAGAACAAAAUCUGUAUGACUUGGAACAAAAAAUCACUGAAACCUAUACAACCACCAUCAAAGGAAACGCUAAUGUAGAGAUCUAACAACAUUAGGCCAGAAUUUUAAGGUUGUCGGUCGAAAACAAAACACAUACGCAAAAUGUAAAUAUACUCUAGCCCUAAGAUCCCAUCGCAUAGAGGAAAAUUAAAGCGAAUUCUCCUAUCACUAAUAAUAAUAUGAUACCAUGAGAACACAGAACAGUCACGUGCGAGAUUUAAGCAAGUUAUAUAGGCAAAAGUAAAAUGUACGUUCACACACACACACAUAGAGCAAAUCGCUGUAGGGGGAACGAAAGCGGCAAGAAAUGCAGGGCAAAUUUUCUUUCGACAGAUGAAAAAACGAUAUGAUCAGUCAGUCCACAUAAACAUUGAAACACAUUCUGCAAGAUGGAACGUACCCGAAGGAGCUAAAGCGAAAUGCAAAUGUAAAAUGUUGAUUGAAAAACAA